AUGAGUGAAGAAGCAUGUGGAACCCGCAGUCAGAAGCGAGCCCUUGACCCCCACCUCAGGGAGGAUGAUGUGGAGAGCAAGAAAAUGAAAAUGGAGAGAGCACCAUCAGAGCUGACCGUGGACGGAGACACCAGGGUGAUGCCUGAGUCAGGUGUAGGCCCAGCCCAGGGGUUGCUGAGGACAACAGAGACCAUGCCCACAGGAUCAGGCGAAGGGCUGGUAGGAGUUGGGCCUGUGGACAUGCGCACCUCACACAGUGACAUUAAAUCUGAGAAGAGACCUCCCUCACCUGAUGUGAUCGUGCUCUCUGACAGUGAGCAGCCAUCAAGCCCAAGGGUGAAUGGGUUGACCACAGCAUCCUUGAAGGAUACCAGCACUGAGGCGCCCCUGAAAAGCAGCCCAGAAGAGCGAGAGCAGAUGAUCAGGCAGCUGAAGGAGGAGUUGAGGCUCGAGGAAGCAAAGCUGGUUCUGUUGAAGAAGCUACGAUAGAGUAAAAUACAAAAGGAAGCCAUAGCGCAGAAGCCUGCAGCUUCCUCAGGGACCUCCGUGACCACCCCUCCCCCACUCGUCCGGGGUACUCAGAACAUUCCUGCUGGCAAGACAUCACUUCAGACCUCUUCUGCUCGAAUGCCCGGCAGCAUCAUCCCACCGCCACUGGUCCGGGGUGGGCAGCAGGUGUCUGCCAAGCUGGGACCACAGGCCAGUUCCCAAGUAGUCAUGCCAACACUUGUCAGGGGGACCCAGAUUCACAACGUCAGACAGCACCCCUCCACAGGGCCACAACCCCUCCUCCUAGCCCCCCGCGCCUCAGUGUCCAGCAUGCAGAUUCAGGGACAGAGGAUCAUCCAGCAGGGACUUAUCCGUGUUGCCAAUGUCUCUAAUACCAGUCUGCUUGUCAACAUCCCUCAGCCCACUGCAUCCUCACUGAAGAGGACAACAGUUUCCUCUGCUCAGGUCAGCUCCACCCCAACCAGUGUGGCCUCUGUGGUUGCAUCUGUUGAGUCUCCAGCCAGCCGACAGGCUGCUGCCAAGCUAGCGCUAUGCAAGCAGCUGGAGAAGACAUUGCUUGAGAUUCCACCUCCCAAGCCCCCUGCUCCAGAAAUGAACUUCCUGCCCAGUGCUGCCAACAAUGAGUUCAUCUACCUGGUUGGUCUGGAGGAGGUGGUGCAGAAUUUGCUGGAGACGCAAGCGGGAAGGAUCUCUGCCAGCACAGCUUCUGCUAUGUUAUCCCGGGAGCCCUACAUGUGUGUUCAGUGCAAGACCGACUUCACAUGCCGCUGGCGGGAGAAGGGUGGAGCUGUUUUGUGUGAGACUUGCAUGAUGUCCAACCAAAAGAAAGCACUCCAGGUGCAUCACACCAGGCAGCUAAAGGCUGCCUUCAUGAAAGCACUGCAGCAAGAGCAGGAGAUGGAGCAGCGGCUGCUGUAGCAGGGUGUGGGUACGGCCAGCACCAAGGCUGAGGCUGCAGCCCCACAUCCCACGCUGAAGCAGAUCAUAAAGCCCCGACGUAAAUUGGCUUUCAGCUCAGGAGAGGCCGGUGACUGGAGUAACGGGGCUGUGCUACAGGCUUCCAGCCAGCUGUUCCGGGGCUCAGCCACAACACCUCGUGGCGUUCUGCACACAUUCAGCCAGUCACCCAAACUGCAAAAUGCAGCCUCAGCUACAGCCCUGGUAAACAGGACUGGCAGACAUUCCGAGAGAGCUGUGGGCACCAGCAAGGGCACCACCUCCAACUGGAAAAAGACACCCCUGAGUACAGGUGGGACCCUUGCCUUUGUCAGCCCGAGCUUGGCAAUGCACAAGACCUCUUCAGCUGUAGACCGUCAACGAGAAUACCUCCUAGACAUGAUCCCUCCACGCUCCAUUCCCCAGUCAGCCACAUGGAAAUAAUGGGA